AUGUAGUAUUAAUAAGGAACUUCAAAAAGAUGUUCAAAGUGGUAGGAUCAGAUAUAAAUUGUGAAUUUAAUCUUGAAGGUAAUAAUUGUAGAGCUCAUGCGUUCACAGGCACUGAUACACUUAAGACUAAUAAGAGUUGCCCUUUGUACUAGGAUAAAUGUGUAACAUCAGGAAAGGGAUGUAUUGGAACAAGAUUUGGAAGUGCUAUAAGUUUUACAGGAUGUAGUGUUACAGAUGGAGAAUGAGCUGGAGACGCUACAAGUAUUAAUGUAGAGCUAGAUUAUGCAAUGAAAAGAAAGCAACAACUGAUGAAGAAUGUAGUAGAUGGAAAGCUAGAUAUAAAAUAAAUGGAGGAUAAUGUAUUGACUAAUUAAUUAAUAGUAAAAUAAAUGAGGGAACAAUUACUAUUUGGGGUUUAUUAAAAGUAUUAGAUAGCAAUUGUAAAGAAACUUAGAUAACAACAUUUAAUUGCGCUGUAAAAGAAUUUAAUGAUACCUUUAAAAACUUGAAAUAUAUCCUUUCAGGUUGGGUUACUAAUUGUACAACAUUUUUCAAUGAGCUUUUAUCAGUGAUUUGGUAUCUAUCUUAUUUCCUCAAUCUUCAUCUUAUUCAAAAAUAGUUUCAUUUAAUCCUAUUUUUAAUAAAACACAAUUAUUUAUUAGGAGAGAUUAUUUAAAGUUUAAAAAUUUUUUUUUUUUUAAAUAUCAAAGGAACAUAAGAUUUUUUCUUAGUUCAAUAAUUUUAAUUUCUUUUGGUUAUUUAUAAUUUUCACAAAGACAAGAUCUUCUUGACUAAUAUUGUGAACCAAAAUCCCAAUAUUAUGAAUUUUUUAUUCCCUUAUAAUUUUAUGACUGAAUAAUAAGAAUAAUAGUAAAUUUGA